GGAGCCCCAAAGGGGGAAAAAAGAAAGUGCGGCGGAAAGUAAGAGGCUCAUUGCGGGAAGACUGGCCGGAUCGGGGUCCCCGGGGCUGGGCUUUGGCCAAGCGCACCGAAAGAUUCGGAGCUGGGCGAUCCUGCACUCGUUCCCGCCGCCUUCACCACGUCCUCUCUUCCUCCCAAGAAAGGAUGGGACUUCUGUGGUGUAUAAUGAGUCUGUACUUCUAUGGGAUCCUGCAAAGCGAUGCCUCAGAACGCUGCGAUGACUGGGGGCUAGAUACCAUGAGGCAGAUCCAAGUGUAUGAGGAUGAACCGGCUCGUAUCAAGUGCCCACUCUUUGAACACUUCUUGAAAUAUAACUACAGCACAGCCCAUUCAGCAGGCCUUACUCUCAUCUGGUAUUGGACAAGGCAGGACCGGGACCUGGAGGAGCCAAUUAACUUCCGCCUCCCUGAGAACCGCAUUAGUAAGGAGAAAGACGUGCUCUGGUUCCGGCCCACGCUUCUCAAUGACACGGGAAACUAUACCUGCAUGCUGAGGAAUACUACCUAUUGCAGCAAAGUUGCAUUCCCUCUGGAAGUGGUUCAAAAAGAUAACUGCUUCAAUUCUCCCAUGAAACUUCCAGUGCAUAAACUGUAUUUAGAAUAUGGUGUUCAGAAGAUCUCUUGUCCAAACAUAGAUGGAUUUUUUCCUUCUAAUAUCAAACCAAACAUCACUUGGUAUAUGGGCUGUCGUAAAAUACAUAACUUUAAUAAUGUACUACCGGAAGGCAUGAACUUGAGCUUUAUCAUAGCCAUGGUUUCCAAUAACGGAGAUUACACAUGUGUGGUCACAUAUCCAGAAAACGGACGAACCUUCACUCUCACCAGAACUCAGACUGUGAAGGUGGUGGGCUCCCCAAAUGAUGCAAUGCCUCCCCACAUCUAUUCACCUGAUGAUCAUGUGGUCUACGAGAAAGAACCAGGAGAAGAGCUACUCAUUCCCUGUAAAGUCUAUUUUAGUUACCUGAAGGACUCUCGCAAUGAGAUUUGGUGGACCAUUGAUGGGAAAAAGCCAGAGGACACCACUAUUGACGUAUCUGUUAAUGAAAGUGUAAUUCUGAAAGUAACAGAAGACGAGACAAGAACUCAGCUUUUGAGCAUCAAGAAAGUUACUGCUGAGGAUCUGAAGCGCAACUAUGUCUGUCAUGCCAGAAAUGCCAAAGGGGAGGUUGACAGACCAGCCAAUGUGAAACAGAAAGCUCCAAGGUACACAGUGGAACUGGCGUGUGGUUUUGGAGCCACAGUCCUCCUCGUGGUGAUUCUCAUCGUUAUUUACCAUGUUUACUGGCUGGAGAUGGUCUUAUUUUACCGGGCUCAUUUUGGAACAGAUGAAACCAUUUUAGAUGGAAAGGAAUAUGAUAUUUAUGUAUCCUAUGCAAGGAAUGCUGAAGAAGAAGAAUUUGUAUUACUGACCCUCCGUGGAGUCUUGGAGAAUGAAUUUGGAUACAAGCUGUGCAUCUUUGACCGAGACAGUCUGCCUGGGGGAAAUACAGUGGAAGCAGUUUUUGACUUCAUUCAAAGGAGCCGGAGGAUGAUUGUUGUGCUGAGCCCAGAUUAUGUGACCGAAAAGAGCAUCAGCAUGCUAGAGUUCAAACUGGGUGUCAUGUGCCAGAACUCCAUUGCCACCAAGCUCAUUGUGGUUGAGUACCGUCCACUUGAGCAGCCACACCCAAGCAUCUUACAGCUGAAGGAGUCUGUGUCUUUUGUGAGCUGGAAGGGGGAAAAGUCCAAACAUUCUGGCUCUAAAUUCUGGAAGGCCUUGAGACUGGCUCUUCCACUGAGAAGUCUGAGUGCUAGCUCUGGCUGGAAUGAGAGCUGUUCCUCCCAGUCUGACAUCAGUCUGGACCACGUGCAAAGGCGGAAAAGCCGUUUGAAAGAGCCUCCAGAGCCCCAGAGCUCGGGGAGAGCUGCAGGCGCCUCUCCGGGCCCAGACACCGCGUCCAAGCACAGAGGGAAGCCCUCCGCGGCCUGCCGCUGCUGUGUCACCUACUGUGAAGGCGAGAGUCAGCUUAGGAGCAAGAGCCGGGCGGAGAUCCACACCCAGCCCCAGUGGGAGACGCACCUCUGUAAGCCUGCUCCCCAAGAGUCAGACACUCAGUGGAUACAAAAUGGCACCAGAUUGGAACCCCCUACUCCCCAGAUUUCAGCCCUUGCUCUUCACCAUUUCACGGACUUAUCCAAUAACAAUGACUUUUAUAUCCUCUAAUUACUGUGUGGUGGGUGGUGGCUGCUAUUUCUACCAGCCCAUUAUGUGUCAUGAACCUGUGGGAAUAAUUGACAUUUUUAUCAUCUAAUGGACUGUCAGGUUGUGUCCCCUUUAUUGAUUUUUAAAAACUAUUUAUUUCUAGGAGACAAAAGACCCGAAGGACCUGAAUCCAGAUUUAUUGCCUCUAAUGGCCUCAGAAGAGCACACUCUUCUUGGGCCCUAGAAGGUCAGUAUGUGCAAGUUGCCUGAAGUCUGAUCCUCUCUCUUACCCCAUGGUUUUAAACAGAGCAAAGAAUUUCAGGGCUUCCUUUGAGUUUGUUGACCAACCUCAAACUGUAAGUCAGUCAGGUAUACUUGGGCUAUGACACUUAACAGGGUAUGUGCAUCUCAAGGGAGCAUUAUGGAAAGAUGUCAGUUUCAAUUUUGGUGGAAGCUGUAGGAAUAAGCUCAAUGGGAAACCUACAGAACAUUUUCCCAGGAAGAACCGAGUACUCCCACCCAGGGGUACACAGUGUUCUGUCUCACUGUAAACUAGUGUUCUCUAAACUGCCUAAAGUUGUUAGCAUCAAUAAAGUUAUAUUUUUAUGUGA